UUUCAAAAUAUCAAGGAAAUCCAAAAAUGGAAUCAUUACCCCAAACCCAGUCUCUUGAAGAGACUAAGGCCACUUUUGCUGUCCUAAACGACGCUAGCGAAGGAGAGGACUCUGAUAAGAAUGAAGGCGAUUUUAACGACUCAGACUUCUAUGACGAGAAGGGAAUGUACAAACUAGGAGGCACAACAGAGGAAAAGAAAACAGAGAAAAAGAAGGUUCGAGUUAAAAACCCUCAUAACCGGCUACCUACAGUGGAAGAUGAGGAGAAUUCUAAGUUCUCUAUGAAGUUUAUGAGGAGAACAGAUUACUCUAAUAAGCAGAGGAAGGCUUAUUAUGAUUCAUUGGAGAUUGACAUGGAUGCCCUUGUAUGGGAAUUAGGACAAAUUGCUGAAGAGACUGGAGGAAUUAACAUUACAAUGAUUGCAGAGAAGCCUUCAGCUGCCAAAGAGAUCGCAAAUGCUCUCUCAAAAGCACAAUGAGACAAAAUAACCCGCAAAUCUAUUGAAAGAUAUGAAUUUUAUGGAAAAUUCAAGGGAAUUGAAGCAUUCUUCAUUGUAACUUCGGUUUAUGGGUUUCUGUAUAGAACCCACUAUAAGAAGCAGGUUCAAAGCUACGAUUUAGAUCCUCAUAAUUUUCUUGAUGAUCAGCUCACAGAUUACCCAUCAGACUUCAAAGAGAGAAGAAGGAGAGGGAAAUUCUCAACCUCCAACAUAAUGGAGAAUCUUGAGUAUGUGCUCUCAGGAUCUCAUUUGAUAAUAUUCUGGACUGAUAAUGACGUUGCUGGAGAAAAUAUCUGCUUUGAAGUUCUCAAGUUCAUUCAAAAAAGACGGAUUGAGUGCCAAUUUCAAAAUACCUUAAGAGCCCAAUUCUCUAGUCUGUCACAUAUUGAAAUAAGAGAGAGCUUUGAUGAUCUGAGAUACAGGCCUGACAAAGCAAAAUCAAUGGCAUGCCAUGCAAGAGAUGUUAUUGACUUAAGAGUAGGAAUAGCAUUUACUACUUUCCUUACAUAUGAAAUUCAGAAAAAGAUCGGGAAGAAUUUAGCCAAAAGAAUAUCAUAUGGUCCUUGUCAGUUCCCUGCUUUCUGGUUCUGUUACAAAAGAUUCAUUGAAAUCAAGAACUUUGAACCUUACAACUAUUGGAGAGUAAAAGCUACUCUCAAUACUAAAAAUAGUGACAAGAUUGAUGUGUAUCUUGACGAAGAGUUCAAAGAAAAAUCUAAAGCAGAAGAAAUGGUCAAGAAAAUUACAGGUACCACAGCUAUCUUUGCUAGGACAGAUAGCCAAACGGUAAAAAUCCCAAAGCCUCAACCUAUUAAUUUGCUCUUGAGUUCUUCUGAAGAGCUUGGCUAUACUGCUAGUAAGACUUCAAGGAUUGCUCAGACUUUGUACAGGAAAGGAAUGAUCAGUUAUCCCAGAACUAAUAGUAGGCAAUACAACUAUGGCUUUGAAUACGUCCCGAUGCUUGAGAGCUUCUCAAUCAAAGGAGAGUACAAGCACAUUGCUAAGGACCUCCUCAAAAGAAUCAAUAAGAGCAAGGAGGAGGAAGAGUUCUCCAAGUAUGACAUACAGCAGUGCAGGAAGAAUGAAUACCAAGCUCAUCCUCCUGUCUAUCCAGUUUCGAUGCCUUCUAAGCAUGGGAUUUUAAUCAAAGAUUCUGAUUCUUAUCAUCUUCAUAACUUAGUUAUGAAGCACUUCUUAUCUACACUUGAUAAAGAAGCAGUGGUGCAGACUCAUAAGGAUAUAGUGAAGAUAGGAGAUACAGAGUUGUAUUCUCAAAGUUCAGAGUUCACUGAAAACACCUUUACCAAGUAUUACAGACCUAAAGGAGUUAAGAAGCUGCUCAAACAUCUGGAUAAGCCUAGACUUACCGAAGAAGAGUAUGAUAUAUGCUCAAUUACUCUUGAGGAACUUCAGAAGCCACCUCCUGACUUCUUAUCAGAGCCUGAGUUAAUCCAGCUUCUUGAACAACAUAAGAUUGGAACUGAUGGAACAAUUCCUGACCAUAUCAACAAAAUUGUCAUGAGAAAGUAUGUUACUGAAGUAAACGACCCAAGAUGUUUCAUUCCAACUUCUCUCGGUUUCUGCCUUGCCGAAGGAUUUCUUGAAAUCCAGCCAGAAUUGAUACAUCCUGAUGUAAGAAGAUUCAUCUUAAACGGCUGCUCAAAGAUUGAGAAUUAUGAAUUAUCUUAUGAUUCUAUCCAACAUGAGUUCAUUCAAGUCUUCAGAGCUAAACUUAAUGUUUUUAUGUCCAAGUUCAAGAAAAUCAAGCAGAACCUCGAAAGAAUGCAGGAUAUUGGAACUAUGAUUGCCAACGUGAAAAAGAAAGUAAUCAAGGAUGGCGAAGAACCGAAGGAUAUCAUUGAUGAGAUCACCGAAGAUUAUCUCGUUGCGAAGCAAGAAACUUUUAUAGAGAUAUCAGACAAACUUGGGCCUGACCACACUAGCAUAUCAACAUAAUGCAAUGCUUCUGAAUACGGGUAAUCGGUCCCUGGCCUAAUGUGGAAGUUAAGAAUCUUACUCC